CAUUUUCAAAAUAAAAUGGUAAACAAAUAACGAUAAAAAUGUAUUUAUCGGUUAAAUUGUAUUUGCAGAAAUUGCUCUUGGAAUAAUAAUUGACCGUUUAUCUAGAAACAAAAAUCAAGAUGGAUUUAAAUUGCUCGUUAGUUGAAAAUGUAACUAAAGAAACUAUUUCCAAAAUGGGGACAUCAGUUAUAUUGAACUACAGCUCAUUGUACAGAAUCAUUUCAUUAACGAUUAAUAUAAUACUUUUUCUUGUCGGGAUCGUCGGAAAUAUUCUUGUCGUCAUUGUUGUUAUACGAACAAGGAGUAUGAGAACCCCGACUAAUUGUUAUUUGAUGAGCCUUGCCAUUGCAGAUUGUUUAGUUCUCAUGUCCGCAACGUUACCAGCAAUACCAGAAACAUUUUAUCAAAUAAACGAAUGGCCUUUUGGCCGUGUAAUGUGCUCACUUCUUGUUUUCUUACAAUACCUUGGUGUUGACACAUCAGCAUUGUCCAUCACAGCUUUUACAAUGGAACGUUAUAUAGCAAUAUGCCAUCCAUUAAGAUCACAAACCAUGUGUACAGUAAAAAGAGCCAAAAGAAUUAUAGCAGUUAUCUGGAUUUUUGGAAUCUUAUAUUGUUCGCCGUGGCUUGGUUUGACUGUCCUUUUACAACAGCAAAGGAAACACACUGUCGUCGAUGUAUGUCAGGUUCGACUUAAACGGGAACAGUACACGGCUUAUUACAUGACAGAUUUAAUACUGUUUUAUAUCGUCCCACUUUUAAUUGCUGCUGUACUUUAUGGACUUAUUGCGAGAAUUUUGUUCAAGACAAAUAUUUCACAAGAGAGCUCUGAAGUAAUUAUGAAUCGUAAAAGAUGCAGAAAGCGUCAAGUUACCGCACGAAUGCAGGUCGUAAGAAUGUUGGCCGUAAUAGUGUUCGUCUUCAUGACCACAUGGAUGCCAUACAGGACAAUGGUGGUUUACAAUUCCAUUGCCCAGAAGAAGUAUCUCGAUCCGUGGUUCCUUAUGUUUUGUCGAACAAUGGCUUAUAUCAACAGCGCUAUCAAUCCGAUCCUUUAUAAUGCCAUGUCCGUGAAGUUCAGACGUGCCUUCAAACGUAUUCUCUGUUGUGGACAUGGAGGUAACGAGCCGCAUUUGUCUGUGUAUAGUGAAAUCAACAUGGAAAAUGCGAUGAUUUUGUCACGCCGCAAUGGAUCUGUAUCUAAAAUUCAAAUGCAUCUUGCGUUCAAUGGCAGAUCACAGUCAGCUGAUCGGAACGGAACCUGUACAGGUACUAGCUACCUUCAGACAGGAAAUCUAGAUGGAUGUAGAAUAAAAUGACUUUACUUUAAACAUGAAACUGUUGAGCAGAGUAAAUGGAGAAGGAAGAAAAUAUAUUGUUAAAUUCAAAUACAAUAAUACGGUCAAACGUAAAGGUAGAACCUAUUUUGUUUAAUUCAAAUACAAUAAUUAAGUCAAAGGGAAAGGUAGAAAGUAUAUU